AUGCAGCACCAUCCUGGGUCAGGUUUGUCCCAGUGCUCAGCCUCUGUUUCCACCGUUGUAUCUUGUCUAGAUUUGACGUCAUCAGCAGAUGGUUCAGAAUCUGUUCUGGUCCCAGAUAAAUUAUCUGAGUCGAACCUUGUUCCAUCAUUGCCUUCAGAUGUCCAGGCUGGUUUUAGUUCUGGUUCUGGACCACCAUCAAGAUCAAGUCCUCUGUCCACCCUUACUCCAGUUCUUGCCUGUCAAGCACCUGAGGCCACUUCUUCCUUCUGCCCCGCCAUCACUAUUGAGCCUGAAACGUCUCGUUCUCCUCUUGCGGUUCUCCCUCCCUCCUCCCCUCGAUCCCCUCCCUCUCUCGCAGCACCGGCUCUACUCUUGGACCCCCUCGCUGCUUUGCAGCACUCUGACAAAGGUGGCUCUUCCUCCGGCCACGCAUCGUCCCUCUCCCCCUCACCUCGUGCCACUCAGUCCCCACCAAAACAGACUGUCUUCUCCCCAUGUGUGGACGUUUUCGAGCCCGGACCUCCCAGCUGGGAGGAUGAAGAAGAGGAGCAGGAUGACAAGGACAAUGUUGAGGAUGAGGAAGAUGACAUGGAAGCUGAUGAGAGCCAGUACAGACAUCGACGACUUACUGGUGAUUCUGGGAUUGAGGUGUGCAGAUGUAGAGUGGAGGACGAGGAUGAUGAUGAAGAUGAGGAAAAGGACAGCAGGAGAGGAGGUGGAAACACUGAAGUGCAUGAUAGUGUAGAUUGUCCUGCAAGAGGUCAGAUGAACACGGGGGACGAUCUUUCACUGUGUACACCCACCGCCGCUGUCACCACGCCACCGUCUGACGACGGCUGCAAAGUCGUCAUUGUCAUGGAGAAAGUUUAAAGUCAACGUAUUUUCCGUCCUGACAUCGAUAGAGCUGGAGGCAGUCAUGAAGUGAUGUUUGAGGUCCUUCAUAACUGCAGGGGUUGUAUAAGUUAGAUGGCUGAUCGUCACAGGUAAAUUAUUAGAGUUAGAUCAAGGGUUCAGCUACAAAGAUUAGUUCAAUAUGACCAUUUUUUCCAAACAGUGGAAUUAUAGAAGCCAAGUUUCUUCGUAUUCAGAGAUCUGUACACGGCUCGUGUCGCAGGAUGAUAGUUCAGUGCAGUUUUUGGAGGAGGAGCAUUGACCAACCUUCAUUAUUCAACAUACGUGUGUUUAUCUGUGGAAGAUGACGUUUAUGAGCUAAAUUUAAGCACGUCUAGGUAAUUUAGACCUUCACACGAUCUCUAAACGU